AUGCUGAGGGAUGCAGCAGACCAAACAAACAAGAUCAGGAAGAGAAUUCGUGUAAUGAGUUACAGUGAUGAAAUUAGUGAUGUUGAAUCAGGCAAGAACGAUUUCGCUGAAGAAGAGGAACGCCCGUAUCCAUGCCCAAAGUGCAACAAGACAUUCAAAAAGAUAGACAACUUGAGAAAGCACUCCCGGACUCACACAGGGGAGAGACCCCAUGCCUGCCCAGAGUGUGACAAGCGCUUUGCGCAGAUUGGCACUCUCAAGAAGCACCUGCUUAUCCACACAGGGGAGAGACCCCACGAAUGUUCCGUUUGUGGCAAGUGCUUCACGCAGCGUGGCACUUUGAAGAAGCAUAUGCUCAUUCACACAGGAGAGCGACCCCACGAAUGCCCAACAUGCCAGAAGCGCUUCACAGAGGUCGGAGCACUUGUGCGGCAUACCGUGACACACACUGGGGAACGUGCAUACCGCUGCCAGACAUGCAGCAAGACCUUCAGACAGUUGGGCGCCCUCAGGAAUCACUAUCGGGUUCAUCCGCAGGACCAAACCCACAUCUGCCAGGACUGUGGCAAGGCCUUUAGUGAACCCAGUGCUCUGGAGAAGCACUCCACGACACACUUAGAUCUACGUCCCUUUGCCUGUGACAUGUGCGAGAAGAGAUUUGCACAGUCGAGCACCCUGAAAGAGCACACCCGCAUCCAUGUCAGACAGCGGACACACGUCUGCCAAGUGUGCAGCAAACAUUUCAGCCAAAAGGAGUCCCUCCAGGAGCACGUGUUGAUUCACAGUGGUGCACGACCACAUGAGUGUCAGAACUGUGGGAAAAGAUUCAUGGAACUAGGACAUCUCAAAAUGCAUGCUCAUGUCCAUGAGAAGUUGAAUACUGCCCUUUCUUCUUAUUCUCAGUGUGUUGGAGUGAACUAG